AUGCAAGGUCAAGGUCAUGGCAGUAACGCUAGUGAAGACCCGACCUUAAGGCUUCUCCUACAGAACAACGGGAUGGACCCUAAUGAUGGCCAUAUCAGUGGCAACCAUGGCACCACUGCUCAAACAAUUUUAUCGGGUCAAGGUCAAGGGAUUGGUUAUGGUCGGCUCCAGCUGGACCUGAAUGAGCCACUACAGUUAACAGUAGACCUUCCUAGAACUGGAAGAACAUCAGGUAAUCAACAAAUUCUAGCCUCUUUUGAUUCCUUGAGCCCAAUUAUGAUUCAUUCAGGAAGUGCUGGGUAUGUUGUAGAAGAAACUAUCAAUCGAGAGGGUCUUCUUCUAACUAAUGGUCAGUCGAGGCUUUUAUGCAAAAGAAGGGCGUCUAAAGUGCCACAGCCCCAAAAUGCUGUCCUCAACAUCCCAACUGCAGCUAGUUCCUCCAACAAUGGCAGUCAUUUAGCUCGACCUGUGUUACCUGUGGCUACUUCUCCGAUACAUAUCGGACAAAUGGAUAGCUAUCAGAGCAAUACUCGGCUGAGAACAUUUCUAAGCCAACAAAACCCUGGGCCUGUAAACACGUCGGCAUGGAACUCCAGCAAUUUUAAUGCACAAGCUACUGGUCCUCAUCGUCAACGACCAGUGGUUUCCCCAUUUGGUUCCUUAUCAACGCAAAACUCACAAAUAAGGUCGGUUCCAGCAAAUCCUUCCAUGCUGCACCACCAACAGCAGCCUACUGUAGGAGUCUCUAAUCAGUUGCAGCAGCUUACUGUAGGAAUCCCUAAUCAGUCGCAGCAGCAGAAUAUUGUUGGAGCACAUAAUCCGAUGCAAACUCCGCUGUCUUCCCAAAACUGGAAUGUGCCAGCCAUGCCAUCGCAUGGUCAUCAAUCUUUUGGUUCAGCUGUGACGAUUCAACCGGGAAAUGUGCAACCAAACAUGAACUUGGUCAAUGGGAACUCAAGCUUUGUUGGAAAUGCUGCCGCCUCUUCGAGAAUUCAAUCCGGUUCGGGAUGGCGCAUAACCAUCCCAUAUACUGAUGCUUCACAUACUAUUCGAGACUUGGAAGCCGCUUUGAGAAGUAAUAAUUACAGGCCAACUCAGGUUCCUCAAAGGUCUGGAGCAAUUGCUGCUGAGAGACAAGCUGGUAAUAAUAUUCGACUCUCACGUACAAUGUCAUCUCAAAUGACUGCGCAAAGGAGAAGAAGACUGAUAUCUCAGAUGCGCAGUUACCUGCGACUUGUUCGUAGAUCUGGAGGCUUACGAACCGAGGAUGCAACGGAAAUGGGUCGUUCAUUUUUGCAGACCAUGUAUGCAUUAGAAACUACUCAUGAUGACAUGCGCCUUGAUAUUGAUAACAUGUCUUAUGAGGAACUGUUGGACCUGGAAAAUCGAAUGGGGAAUGUUAGCACUGGGCUAAGCCAGGCAACUAUUCAGGCCAAUCUGAGGCGACGCAAAUUUCAGCCCAUCACAAUUGCACCUACUGCACCUACUGCUGAAACCGAACAAUGCUGCAUAUGUCAGGAGGAUUAUGCCGAUGGAGAAGAGCUUGGUAAGCUGGACUGUGGACAUGAUUUUCACUUCAACUGCAUUAAGCAAUGGUUUGGGCAUAAGAACCUGUGUCCCGUAUGCAAGAAGACAGCUUUGGCUAUUUGA